UUGACAUGUGAAGUGGUCUGCGAUAUCUUGAGUGAUUUUCAGGCUGAGCAGAUUACUGGCGGUCAACCGUUUCAGCCGUCAGUCUCUUCGUCGUGCAUGCAGUCCUGUGCGCAGCACUGCACAAAUGUAUGCAAAACUCAGAACUGGCCAACAACACUGUGUCAAGAAGACUGCCAGAAGGCAUGUAGCAGCUCCUGUGCACGGCAGUCGAUCAAAGCAGUAGCUUAUGAGCCAACUCGUCCGCAAACAACAGUGCCAGGCACCACCAUGGUGAAUGCUGCAAACUGCAAGCAGCAGUGCAGCCAAACAUGCAUGGAAAAUUGUGGCAUACAGAACUGGCCGGGCACUGUUUGUCAGAGCAUUUGCGAACCGUCGUGUGCACAGGCAUGUGGACAACCACAAACACCAAACCUUGGGACCACCACUGUAGCCGUGGACAGCUGCAUGCAGCAGUGCACGGAAAGCUGCAUCACAAUGUGCCAGGCUCAGCAACGGCCAGGCAGUGGUUGUUCACAGUACUGCCAGCAAACUUGCUCACGAUACUGCACGCAGCAGAAGCAGCGUGAAAUCCCAGAUUUCGUUGCACAUCAAGUGGUGUGUAAUCAGGAUUGCCCUGCUACGUGUCUCUCCUCUUGCACCACUGACCGCUUCCCACAACCACUGUGCAGGGAUGUUUGCAAGCCAGCAUGCGCGCAAGCAUGCAAGCCAGCAAUCUAUCAGCAAACAGCAGAGACCCAGGUAACGACCCCCGCUACAUCAAGUGAUUGCCUGCGUAUGUGCCAAAAAACAUGCCUAGAUACAUGCCGAGCCCAAAACUGGACUGAAGCGCUGUGUGCACGCAGCUGUCAUCAAGCGUGUGCCAAAGCGUGUGCGCCAAAUGCUCCUGCAUUCGUGCAGUACAUUUCGACAACCAGUCGCUUCAACGACAACUCAAACCCCAACAAACAUCCAGAAUUGCUUGGAUCGAUGCCUUGUGUAAGUGUUCUAGCAGAACUUAGAAACAGCGUUUCAUUUAUGCGUUUUUGCAUGUACGCAAAUGCAGUAAAAACGCAUAUUGUGACAACCCCGGUGUAUGUGUGUGUGUGUGUGUGUGUGUGUGUGUGUGUGUGUGCGUGUGCGUGUGUGUGUGCAUCUGUUUGCGUAUUUCAACUUGACAACCAAUCAAGCUCCGGCGCCAAAAUUUUGCUAGUAGAUUCCUGGCCAACUGCCACCCCAGAACUGCGGUGCCAGCUUUCCCGCACGUCUGGGCCACACGUACGAACGCGUGAAAGUUUUGGCUGGUGA